AAAAAGUAUACUGUACUGGUCCUAUCAGCCAUCGAUAGGAGUGUUUCCUUAUUUCCUUCUGGCAUUACCGAGAUGUGUUCUUGUUAGAAGUACGCUAAUUCGCUUGGUUUCACUGAAAGGUUUUAGAUCACGGACAUGGUUCACGAGGAGCUGUUUGCGCGUCUUAAUGAAGUUGGGUACAAAAACUGGUUAAAAGCAGGCUAUUGCCUUAUGAAAGUUAAAGACGGUUUGUGUGGAUUUGUGGACAAUGAAAUGCGAGACUUUCACAACGUUGUGAUCAAUAGCAACACGAUCUUGCUAAGAGGGACAACGUGUCAAAGCAAUUGUAGACCAAAGAAUAACCAGUUCCAGUCGGUUUGUGCCCUUUGUAGUGAGUGGAAGAGGGAAAUAGUGAAGCACCACACAAAGCCAUAUAGUGUUAUUAACUGGGGAAACUGCAGACCCUGGCUAUGGCCCACUGAACCCUGGGAACUGGCAAAGGCUUUUAUGCCCCGAGGGCAGACGGGCGUCACCAGAGCAGAGCACUGUGAUGCCGCUGCUCUCCUCAACCUCCUCCACCUCUGCGACCACUUCAGCUUCAUCAACCACUGUCUCGUUACUGAGGUGAUCCGCUACAGGAAUGAGCUGAUGCACUCGUGUGAAAUGCGGGUCUCCGAUCAGUGGAUGGCACACUUUCAGAAGAGUCUGGAGCAGCUGUUACUGCAGUUACGCCAUGUACCUGAAGUGGCCAUAGCAGCCCAACAGAUCCAGGAGAUGCUGUCAGUGGAUCUGUCAGUGCAUGUCCCUGGGGUGGACAGUGUGGAUGGAGCCAACAGGGUGGGGAUUGAAUCCAUCAGCCUGUGGGAGACAGAGCUACUCCGGGAAAGUUUGAAAGACCUUUUAAACACCGAUGAACAUGAGGGGGCGCCGAUAUAUGCGGAUUUGCAGAAAUUGCAGAUGCUCCACAGAUUUCUGAGUGGCAAUAAGGACCUUGAAGAACAGUUCGGGAAUGAGCUUCAUAGCAUUCAGGUUUUAGAAGAUCAACUGCAGAGCUUAAACAGCAACAGUGGGCAACAGUGACUGUACUACACAAAGAACAAGGAAGAACAGACCAUUGUCUUUUUUUCAAGACAGUAGAAAUAUGAAACACAUGAACAUUGGAAACUUCAGUUUUGUUUACAUUUUAAACUGUUAAAAUAAACAUUAUGCAUGGUUCAUCCA